CGCGACCAUGGCAGCUUCGCUGGGCGGUAUGUUCUCUGGGCAGCCACCGGGUCCUCCCCCACCCCAGCCGGGACUCCAGGGCCAGGCUUCACUUCUCCAAGCAGCGCCAGGAGCUCCGAGACCUUCUAACAGUACUUUGGUAGACGAGUUAGAGUCAUCUUUCGAGGCUUGUUUUGCUUCUCUGGUAAGUCAGGACUACGUCAAUGGCACUGAUCAGGAAGAAAUUCGAACUGGUGUUGAUCAGUGCAUCCAAAAAUUUCUGGAUAUUGCGAGACAGACAGAAUGUUUUUUUCUACAAAAAAGAUUGCAGUUAUCUGUCCAGAAACCAGAGCAAGUUAUCAAAGAGGAUGUCUCUGAGCUAAGGAAUGAAUUGCAGCGGAAAGAUGCCCUGGUCCAGAAGCACUUGACAAAGCUGAGGCACUGGCAGCAGGUGCUGGAAGACAUCAGUGUGCAGCACAAAAAGCCAGCCGACAUCCCUCAGGGCUCCUUGGCCUACCUGGAACAGGCGUCGGCCACUAUCCCUGCACCUCUGAAGCCGACUUGAGGGAGGGUAUGCCAGAGUGCCAGCGGCCUCGGACAGUUUGCCACACGCUUCUCAUGGACGUGGUAGCAUUUUGGAAGACCUCUUUGCCAGGGAAUGAGUUGAUUUUAGUUCUAUGCUUCCACCUAAAAUUUUUCCACUAUUUUUA